AUGACACCGCAAUCGAAUCAGCUCGAUGAGCGAUUCGCUGGCACUUUUCAAAAGCUCUUUGACACGAUUGAACGCGGUGGUGAUCAGUGCUCGAUCGAUCGACUGCAAACUUUGCUCGAAGAGAAGACACCCAAUUUAUCGUCAGCAUUGGCAACGUUUGGCGAGCCUUCAGCACAAUCCAGAAGCAAAUUGACGAGUGGAACGAGCAUUACGGUGGAUGGCAAAAGCUUGAAAUUGUCACAGGCAGAAAAAGACCUUGUUGUCAGACUUGCUGAUUUCCUCCAUGCCAAUGAGCUUGCGUGCGCUUCACUUUGGUCGACCUUUCAACAAGAGAGGAAAAUCAAGCCAUACGACGGCAUGAAACAAGAUGACGAUCUCGUUUGGCGAAUCACAGAGUUUUACUACCAAGAUCGUAUUGCCCUUUUGGGGUGUAUUGCUUCGCUUAUCCGUAUCUCUUUUGAUGACGACCAGCCAUACGCCGCUAUUGCACGAGACGCUGUCAACCGUAUUGUGAAGGACGACUUUAGCGACCGACUAUUGACACAGCUCAAAUCACUUGCACGCAAAACAGUACCAUCAGAGUUUGAUACAAAGGAAAGGACGUUGCUAUGGGCAAAUCAGAAUCUCAGGGAACAACGUGGAUUGCUGGAGAUUCUUUUCCUUGUGCAUUUGAAUGAUUGUACACCUCAACGUAUAUUCGCACUCUUUCAAGAAUUCGAGGCAUCGAGUUUCGGGCAGCAACAAGCAUUUGGAUUCGUGUUGGAUAAGGAAGGUGAACAUUUACGUGAUCAAGUCUCAUACUUGAGCCUUUUGGUAUCGGUGGAGGUGCUAUGCUUGAAUCAACUACGCAUGGGUGGUGAUAUCUCUCUCGCUGAAUCUCCUGAAGUCAUUGAAAAGAUCGGCCAAUUGAUGAUGUUCCUUGGUGAUCGUGAUGAACAUGCCGUUCCUUUGUUAGCAUGGUCGUGCUUCCUCGCCUUUAUCGAUGAUUUAACAGCUGAUCAUUGUCCACCUCGAUAUGCAAAAGUACGACAAUUGAUUGAAGGCACAUUGGAACCCUCUCCAGAAUAUCUUCUCGACGAUCGACCCUCCACACGUAGUAUCAGCGCACCAAGGGAACCUUCCAUUCAACCAGCUGCGGGUCUUUGGAGAGUAUUGGCGGGUCGUGCUAUCAAACUUGGUGUGUUUGAUCAUUUGGUGGAUAUGCUUGACGAUGCUAUUUGUGAUGAGGAUGAAGUCAACAGUGCUGGUUAUCGUGGCAUCAUCAAAGGUUUACUCAGCACAUUCCUCACCAUCACCAAGCCCUAUUUCCUUCCACACGACAGCUAUACGAGUCUUGUAAAGUGCACGUGUAAGCUAUUCGACAAUCAGGCUGAACUUUGCUCGGAAUAUUGGACACAAGACGCUGGCAAUGACGACAUUGCCUCUUUGCUCAGCACUGCACAAAGCCGUUUCCCUGUGUACUUUAUGGAUUUUACCCGUUUACUUUCAUCCAUGGCAGGGCAAAAGUCUUCCGCUUCAGCAUCUGAUCAUCCAGCUACAAGAGUAUUCGAGUACAUCAAGACUUUGCCAUCACUCACCAUCAUGCUCAAGGAUGAUGUCCAUCUCAACGUACGCGUGGAUAAUGAUAUUGUCGUUGCAUACAACUCUCAGCCUAUCAACAUUGUCCAAGAUGCUGGUGUUGCCAAGGGAUUUUCAUUGCCAUCUGGUUUGCAGGGUACUUUGAUUUCACAGUCGGAUGAGAAACGUGUGGUUCAAUGGCGUAUCGAUUGUCCCGGUUGGCAAUUGUUGAUUGGUGUACUUGCCGCCUUUUUACAGCAGAAUCCACAAUCUCCCGGUGAUAUUGAACAUGGCGAUGAUCUUGCAGGAAAGAACAUUGAGGUGGUCAACAGCAUUCUCGAAUUGAUCAACAAGCUCUUGCACAACAAUCCAUCCCUUGGUCCACAAUUGGUGAAUCAUAUCGAACAAGUGUGUCGAGCCAAGCCUGGUCAACCUGGUCAACCACCCAUCUUGGUAGCACUCUUAUGCGAGAUUCUUUCACGAGGAUGUUCAAUUCGACCUUGGCCUAUCAUGACGAUCACCUAUGCUUUGCGAUGUAUCACCAGCCUCUUACCAUUUUAUCGCAAUGAGAUUUGGUCUUAUUUGGAAACAGCACCCAUCCUUCCUCGACCCAAUGCCAGCUAUCAUUAUGCACCUCAAUUCUCAACCACCGUUUCCACUGAUCCCGCUUGUCAAAUCCAACACAUUGUCAACAAGAUGGAAUGCACGACAGGUCGUUAUUCAUUGCUAUUAGCGUUCUUGGAUCUCGUAUCAGCUUUAAUCAAGGAUGUCCAGGCAACUUGGUGGAAGGAUGAUGAACAUACGACAACAAGCAAACAAUGCAAGACAGCGACAUUGUUCCUUUGUUUGAGAUAUAUGAUGCUUGAUGUGUUCCCAUCUUAUGCUGGUUGGCGUUACAAGUAUCUUUCACAGCGAUUCUUGAUUGGCAUCAAGGUGCUCAACACAUUCAUUGAGAUCGUGCAGUAUUUCAAAGACACCAAUAGCAGCAAUGGUCUUUCAUUGGAACGUCUCCGACAAGGCAUCAUCAACAACUUUUUAUACGAUGGUGGUAUUUAUCACGUUGCACCUUUACUUGACACGGUGUGCCAUGGAGCAAAACAAGCUGACAAGUUAUAUCACGCGGGUCGUCCCAAGGAAGCUGAACGUGCUCAAAAGUUGACCGAGUUGACAAUGGUGUUUAUCAAGUUAUUGUUGCGCCAAAGAUUGGAGGUUGUGCAGAGUGGAAAGGCAUCCCAUGAAAGCACGUUGGAACGUCUCAUGCUCGAACGCACUACGGGUGAUGCCACUGGUCCCGACUUUUUGUUACGGCUCACCAAGCAUAUUUAUUAUCAACACAACACGGUGCUCGCUAUCCUCGCCACUGAUAUCGUCACUUUGCUUUGCCGCAAUAUCUCUGCUUGGCAAGUACCUCCCAAUAUUGUACGCCAUUUGGGCGACAAGGAUCAAGCACAAGAAAUCAUUCGCACGUAUUUGAGCAUUGCACAAGAUCAAUUCCAACAAGAACGACUAUUGGCAUCGAUUUGGCAGAUGAUUACGCUCUUGAUGGAAACACAACCAAGCUUAGCCAUCUUGUUCUUGGAAUGUGGAGAAUAUAUUAUGCCAAGUCCAAAGUCAGCUGUCAAAUUGCUGGAGGAACAAAAGAAGCAACAACAGCAGAGUACAGGUGCAGCAGCAGCAACACCCGCAACAGAAUCAGCCAUUCGUGCAGCUGUCGAUUUAUUGGGUCACUGGGAGAUGCUAUCAAUGGAGAAGCCCACUGUAUUAUCCAAUGUGCUUCGUUUCUUGGCGACCUUUUGGCAAACGGCUUUUGAUCAUUACAUGUUGGUUCAACGUACACGUAGCGACAGCGCAUUGUGGGAUGCACUUGGCAAGAUCCUUUUGAACCCAAGUCGUAUGGAACAUCCUGGACGAAGCAAUUUGGUGUUUGAAAAGGGACAUGAUGUUAUCGACCAAGAGGAGGAGGGUGAUCUUCGCAACGUCACUAUUUCCAAUGGCAAUGAAGCUGUUCGAAGGAUAUGUUGUCUCAAUAUCAGCAAGGCCUUUGUGAUGCGCAUUAUGGCUUUUGAGAUCCACUUGACAGCAGGCACCAAUAAGGGAUCCAUCACUGACAAGUUACCUGCUGGUCUCAAGAAUCAACUCGCCAAGAUGAACGACCCCAACAAGCUUCAAUUCAUGCGUGAGACUUUUGCAAAGAACAGCUUUGAUGAAGAACUUGCCAAUUCUGUCAAAAAGGAUGCCCAAGCCUUCCUUGAGUCUGUUGGUAUUCAACGAGCACCUGACAGCUUAUUGUACACGGUGGGUGCAGUGGGUUUUGGCGAUGAUGAUGAAUCAGGCGAGCCCAAGCAGUAUGGUGAUUCUUAUUUGUACGAUUUACGCAUUGCCGACGCACGAGUACAACCUUUGAUCGAUGUCAUUUCCAAAGAACACAAUGUCGAUAUUCAUGAUGAGGAUGCCAUUGUAACCCCUGCUGUAUGGCGAGUACGCAAGGUGACGGAUGCAGGACGUCGAUUCUUGCUCGAUUUGUGUGCAACCAAUCACAACUGGUCUUUGGUGGAUACCGAGAUUGUCAUGUUACGAUCCUUCAAGGUGUUCAUUGAAGCUUGUUCAUGUCACGUGAGUGAUGUCCUUUGGAAUGGCAGCAACAAGUCUAGUGGAUUACGUGCAACCAGCUUGUUCGACUUUUUGACGGCAUUGACUCGGGACGCAUUAGCUGAUGAGCGUAUGGAUGGUGUUAGUUUGACGACCUACAGCGUGCAAUUGGAGUUGAUACGUGGUUUGACUGAGGAUUGGAUUCGUGCGAACUGCAACGUGCCUUUGGAACGCAAUGUCAAGAUGGACUUUGCUGAAAAGUGCUUCAGCCUUUUGGAGACCUAUAGUGGAUUGCUUCAACGCCAAAACUUUGCUCUCAUCAAGAGUGUCAGUGAGCUUGUGCCUGUUGCUUAUCAUCGACCUGUGCUUGAAUCCAUUUUGAUACCUUUACGCUCUCUACGCAAAUCAUUUGAUCCCAUGUCCGAUUUCAAGCAACGUAACGCUGAGCGACUCAAGAAAUUGCUUUCCAAUCUUAUCGAGGUGGCAUGUGAAUGUUUCCAGAUGUUGGUGUACAAAACAGCACGUGAUACAUCCGAUGAAGAGUGCGCCAAGGAUAUGAGUGUGUGCAUUGCACUUAUCAUUGAAUUGAUCAAUCCAAGCUAUCCCAUCUCUUCAGACCAAUGGUUGGCUAUUUUCCGCCGAUACGAUACCAUUCCCUCGUUACUCAAGCUUAUCUAUGGUGGCAUUGAUUUGAUGAUUAGCGAGAUCAACAAGCAAUUUGAUGGACACAGCAACCUGAACAUUUCGCCUUAUGCAGAAGAUGGAUGCUACCUGCUUCUCGUAUUAUCAGGAAUGCCCGAGACAGCCACGGUGCUUAUGGAGAGUGGUCUACUUGAGAUGUUCUGCCACAAUACCCUCACACCUAUUUUGCAACAAGGACAACUCGAGAUGUUCCUUCGAUUUGGUGAUAGCAAUCAAAAAUACGUGGAGCGAAAUCCUUUGCAUACAGUAUGGUGCCAUAUGUUAUGUGUCCUCAACAACUUGUUGCGUACCUUGAGCAAGAACACGGAUCGUGCGCUAUCCGAUAAGGUGCUUCAAAACGUGGUUUCCUUUUUACAAAUCUAUGGUCCUCAAGUGGAUGCCUGUUUCCGCCUAGCCAAUGGGGCUAAUGAUUCGCUACUCGGCUUGACACCUUCCGAAUCGCUUGCAUCUUGCCUAUUAUCAGAAGUGGAUCAAUUGAGCAUGAUCAUGUUUGAACUUGCCAAGCAACUUGAUCGGGUCAUGUCGUACACAGCCAACUUGUUUGUGGCAUACAAGGAUUGUGCAUUGACCUUGUUACAACGAUAUCUCUACUUUUUCACUCAUCCUGCACAUCUCCAAGCACAGCUGUAUCCAAUCAACAACACAGAGCGUAAAUUGGCAGAAGAGCUCGUCGUCCCAUCAUCAUUAUCAUCAUCAGCCACAUCAUCCUCAUCAUCCUCAAUACCAUCAACUACCGAUGUCAAGACCAGUCGAUUGAUGCAGCAAACUAUGCAAAAAGCGGUGCGAAUCCAACGCAACAUCUUGAUCACAUUGAUUCAAUUAACGGAUGUGAAGAAGAUCAUCAAGCGGCCUGAUAUCGAAUGGCCAUUUGGCAACACUAUUCUGUGUCCUAAUCUACGUGUCGCAGUUGGUGAACCACCUUCAUUUGGUACCAUGAUGGAAUGUAGCAACGCAGCUCUCAGCCUUAUCAAAGAGUUCAUUGACAGCAAAGCACCCUCACAAGCCAUCAAGGGAUUAAUCAGUGUUGUGGAAGGAAGCGUGAUUUUAUUAUCAUCACAAAUUGCAUUAUGGAUCGGUAAACCUGGCAUUGACGAGGAUGGACGACGAGAGAUAGCGGAUGACGCAUUGGUGGAAGUUGUCAUGUUACUCGGCAAGAUCUAUGUCUCACUCGGCAAACUCGAAUUACCAGCAGAUUUCAAGGAUCAAAAAGAACGAACACAAACACAGGUUGCACAACUGAAACAAUUCCUUGCAGAUCGUCACUUUAAUCUUUAA